ACGGAAGUUGGCAGCGGUCGUGUUUUGUAUAUCAUCAAGAUGGCGGCUUAUUUGUGUAUGAGUGGAAUGAAGUUCGGAGUCGGAAUGAACGUCAAUAACGUCGAAAAUUCUGCAUGGAAUUCGAUGAAUUACGGUAAAAGCAGAACAUUAACGCCGAUAUCGACGGGUACUUCUGUUAUAGCGAUGGAAUUCGAAGGGGGAGUCGUGAUAGCAGCUGAUACACUCGCCUCCUAUGGAUCCACUGCAAGAUUUCGCGACUGUGAAAGAUUAAUGAAAGUUAAUGAUAAUAUAAUAAUAGGAGCUAGCGGCGAUUAUGCAGAUUUUCAAUUCAUACGCUCCGUCAUCGAAGAUAAGAUAAUCGAAGAAGAAAGCUACCACGAUGGAUUCAAUCUCAAGCCAAAGUCAUUGCUAAAUUGGUUGACAAGAGUCCUGUACAACAGGCGUUCGAAAUUCGACCCCCUCUGGAACACCGUCGUGGUCGGAGGACUGCAGGACGGCGAGCCAUUCCUGGGUCAGGUCGACAUGAUCGGAACGUCUUUCGAGGCUCCCACCGUGGCCACCGGUCUCGGCUUGCACAUGGCCCAACCCAUUCUGAGAGGGUACUUCGAAGAGAGAGGAAGAGGUUCCAAGCAAGAAGCUAAGGAUAAAAUUCAAGAAUGCAUGACCACUCUCUUUUACAGAGAUGCCCGGGCAUUCCACAGUUAUCAUCUCGGAGUCGUUACCGCGGAGGGCGCCGACAUCGAGGGACCUCUUAAAGUGAAUCCGAACUGGGAGAUUGCGUCUUUUAAGAGACUAAAUUAACGUAUCGUGGCAUAUUUUUGUGUAAUUUUUCAAAAUUUUGUUUAUUUUUAAUCGAAAAUUAUGUAAUCUCACAUUUUGCCAAUAUUAAAAGUUACUUGAAAAUUA